CCUGAGCGCUCGCUGCUGGCGGCGCGAGCCCUUCGCUGCGCUCUAGUGCCCGGCGGGUCCUGCGGGAGCGCGAGCCGCGGCUCUGGAGAGUCCGGGAGCGGCGCGAGCCGCGGUUGCUGCCCUUCCCCCCACCCCGGAGCCGCGCGAGACCCUGCCCCUGGGGAUGGAGACGCCGCUGCUGUGACCGGCGGCAGGAGCGCGAGAGCCCGGCCCGGCCCUCGCGCGCCGGGGCUAGCGCAGAGCAGCAGCAGCGGCGGCGGCGGCUAGAGCAGCAGCAGAGAUGAGUGGGAGCGCUGCCCCCGGGCCCGGCUCGGCCCCCUGCCGCUUCGCUCACUACUUCGUCGUGUGCGGGACCGACGCGGACAGCGGGCUGGAGCCCGACGAACUGGCCGUUUUAUACCAGUGGCUAGAAGCAGAUCGCCAUGGCAACAGCUCAGAUACUGCAAACAGAACCUCAGGAGAGAACUUUGAGCAGAGCCCCUUAAGAAGAACUUUCAAGUCCAAAGUUCUGGCACACUAUCCUCAGAACAUAGAGUGGAACCCCUUUGAUCAAGAUGCAGUGAACAUGCUAUGUAUGCCUAAAGGGCUAUCUUUCAGGACCCAGAUUGACAACAGAGACCCGCAGUUCCAUUCAUUUAUAAUCACCAGGGAAGAUGGUUCUCGUACUUAUGGAUUUGUGCUCACUUUCUACGAGGAGGUCACAAGCAAGCAAAUUUGCACAGCCAUGCAAACGCUUUAUCAAAUGCACAAUGCAGAGCAAUACAGCAGCGUCUAUGCCUCCUCUUCUUGCAGCAUGGACUCCCUGGCAAGCAGCAUUGAUGAAGGAGAUGCCACUUCCCUGGCCAAGCUCCAGCAGUACAACUCAUAUGACAUCAGCAGAGACACGUUAUACGUAUCCAAAUGUAUAUGUCUCAUCACUCCUUUGCCCUUUAUGCAGGCCUGCAAGAAGUUCCUUAUCCAGCUUUACAAGGCAGUUACCUCUCAACAACCCCCACCUUUACCGCUGGAGAGCUAUAUCCAUAACGUUCUUUAUGAAGUGCCCCUUCCACCCUCAGGGAGGUCACUGAAGUUCUAUGGGGUUUAUGAGCCUAUCAUUUGCCAGAGACCUGGCCCCAGUGAACUUCCACUGUCUGACUACCCUCUUAGAGAAGCCUUUGAGCUGCUGGGAUUGGAAAACCUUGUCCAAGUCUUUACGUGUGUUCUCCUGGAGAUGCAGAUUCUUCUGUAUUCACAAGAUUAUCAGCGUCUGAUGACAGUAGCAGAGGGGAUCACCACACUGCUGUUCCCGUUUCAGUGGCAACAUGUAUAUGUUCCCAUCCUUCCUGCCUCUCUCCUGCAUUUUCUUGAUGCUCCUGUCCCUUACCUGAUGGGUCUUCAGUCCAAAGAGGGAACUGACCGUUCCAAACUAGAACUUCCUCAAGAGGCUAACUUGUGCUUUGUGGAUAUUGAUAAUCAUUUCAUAGAGCUGCCAGAGGAACUUCCCCAGUUCCCGAACAAACUGGAGUUUAUUCAGGAAAUCUCUGAGGUUCUCCUUCAGUUUGGAAUCCCUCCGGAGGGUAACCUGCACUGCAGUGAGAGUGCCACCAAACUCAAGAAUCUUGUCCUUAAUGACUUGGUCAAUGACAAGAAGAACGGAAAUAUACCCAGUAACACCAUCAACAUGUACGAGUUGCUGAAAGGCAAUGAAACCAUUGCCCGUCUGCAGGCUCUAGCAAAGAGGACGGGAGUGACGGUAGAAAAAAUGACCAUCACAGCCCCUAUGGCAGAGAAGGAAAGAGACGUAAAACUGCAGUGUGAAGAAGAGGAGCUGAGGGACUAUAAACUAAAUGUGCAGCUUCGUGAGGUCUUUGCCAACCGCUUCACUCAGAUGUUCGCGGAUUAUGAGGCCUUCGUCAUUCAAGCCGCACAGGAUAUGGAGUCCUGGCUGACAAACAGGGAACAGAUGCAAAACUUUGACAAAGCUUCUUUUCUGUCGGACCAGCCUGAGCCUUACCUGCCAUUCCUCUCACACUUCAUUGAAACCCAGAUGUUUGCAACCUUCAUAGAUAAUAAGAUUAUGUCCCAGUGGGAAGAGAAGGACCCCUUUCUGCGGGUGUUUGACUCCAGAAUUGAGAAAAUUAGACUGUAUAAUGUAAGGGCUCCUGCACUGCGGACAUCUAUAUACCAAAAAUGCAGCACUUUAAAAGAAGCAGGUCGGCUAUCUAUCCAACGACUUAUUUCUGUUGAUAUUGUGGCACCGGAACCUCAUGUUCUGUAUCGUGAAAGGCAGCAAGAUGAUACCCAAUCCAUUGAACAGCGGCUAAAGAAGAUUGAUCACACUGCCAUCCACCCACACUUACUUGAUAUGAAGAUCGGUCAAGGCAAAUACGAACAAGGGUUCUUCCCAAAGUUGCAAUCAGAUGUGCUGGCAACAGGACCUACCAAUAACAAUCGGUGGGCCAGUCGAAGUGCCACAACACAGCGCAGGAAAGAUCGCCUUAGACAACAUUCAGAACAUAUUGGACUGGACAAUGAUUUAAGAGAGCCAUCGGAGGAGCUUUUGAUUCGUCAGAACUCAAUGGCAUUCUGGGAGUGGGAUCAGGGGCCACCCCCUCCUGCACGACCUCCUAAAAAAUCCUUCUCUGAAUGCUGCCUGAAAUACAUGCAGGAGGCAAGGAGUUUGGGGAAAAAUUUAAGGCAACCCAAACUCUCAGACCUUUCUCCAGCUGUAAUUGCUCAGACAAACUGGAAAUUUGUGGAAGGGUUACUGAAAGAAUGUCGCAUGAAGACUAAACGUAUGUUGGUAGAGAAGAUGGGCCAUGAAGCAGUAGAGCUGGGACAUGGAGAGGCCAACAUAACAGGUCUGGAGGAAAAUACAUUGAUUGCUAGUCUUUGUGACCUGUUGGAAAGGAUCUGGAGCCAUGGUCUACAAGUCAAACAGGGGAAAUCUGCUUUGUGGUCCCAUUUGCUUCAGUACCAGGAAAGGGAAGAGAAGCAAGAACAUAUGGCGGAGUCCCCGGUUGCCCUGGGCCCGGAAAGAAGGAAGUCUGACACAGGAAUUACAUUACCUACACUGAGAGUCUCACUUACUCAUGAUAUGAGGCAUAUUCAGAACAUGAGUGAGAUAAAGACUGAUGUGGGUCGAGCUCGAGCAUGGAUAAGGUUGUCUCUUGAAAAGAAGCUUUUGUCUCAGCACCUAAAGCAGCUUCUCUCUAACCAAGCACUCGCUAAGAAACUUUAUAAGCGUUAUGCUUUCCUACGCUGUGAAGAAGAACGAGAGCAGUUCCUCUAUCACCUUCUUUCGCUCAAUGCUGUGGAUUACUUCUGCUUCACAAGUGUCUUCACCACAAUCAUGAUUCCAUACAGGACUGUGAUAAUCCCUAUCAAAAAACUAAGCAAUGCAAUCACCACAUCAAACCCAUGGAUUUGUGUUUCAGGAGAACUAGGAGAUACAGGAGUAAUGCAGAUUCCUAAAAAUCUUCUAGAAAUGACAUUUGAGUGCCAGAAUUUAGGAAAGCUAACAACUGUUCAGAUUGGUCAUGACAACUCAGGAUUAUUAGCCAAGUGGCUGGUAGAUUGCGUCAUGGUGAGAAGUGAAAUUACAGGACACACAUACAAAUUCCCAUGUGGACGAUGGCUGGGGAAGGGAGUUGAUGAUGGCAGUCUGGAGAGAAUUCUUAUUGGAGAACUGAUAACUUCAACGUCGGAUGAAGAUCUUGGGAAGCAGUGCCGUACCCCCCCUCAACAGAAAUCCCCAACCACAGCUCGCAGACUGAGUAUCACCUCCCUUACAGGAAAAAAUACAAAACCUAAUGCAGGGCAGAUCCAAGAAGGAAUUGGGGAAGCUGUGAACAAUAUUGUGAAACAUUUUCACAAGCCCGAGAAAGAGAGAGGCAGCCUUACCAUUCUACUGUGUGGUGAAAAUGGCCUGGUUGCAGCACUGGAGCAGGUCUUCCACCAUGGAUUCAAAUCUGCUCGGAUUUUCCACAAGAACGUAUUCAUCUGGGAUUUCAUAGAGAAAGCAGUUGCUUACUUUGAAACCACUGACCAGUUUGGGGACAAUGAAGAGGACGUCUUGCUUCAGAGAUCAUCCUGCAAAACAUUCUGUCACUAUGUAAAUGCUAUCAGUACUGCACCAAGGAACAUCGGGAAGGACGGCAAAUUCCAAAUCCUGGUUUGCCUGGGGACUAGGGAUCACUUCCUUCCUCAAUGGAUUCCAUUGCUAGCAGAGUGUCCUGCCAUCACAAGGAUGUAUGAGGAGAACGCCCUUCUGCGGGACCGCAUGACAGUGAAUUCUCUCCUCAGAGUCCUACAGACAUUACAAGAUUUCAACAUCAUCCUAGAAGGGUCACUCAUUAAAGGAGUGGAUGUUUAGCAUGGCUUUGAUGAGAACUUCAUUAUUUCUCUGCUAAGCAAGCAAACAAAAAUUGGGGACCUGUUAGAACUUGAAUGCUGCGGUAGUGCAUCACUGUAAAGCAGAGCACCCUGUUAUCGGGUGGGAGUGGGAAACCCAGUUUACACCAGAUUCAGGACUGUCCUAAAGCUGCAGACAAGCUAAAAUGCGGUAUUGUAGUUUAUUUGAAACAGAAUAAAAUAGAGUAUUUUCAUGUGUUAGAUGUAUGUAAAUAUGCUAUCUUCUUUAAGAAAUUAUAUUAAUCUUCAGACUUUUCUUAGACAAUGUUCUUGUGCUGAAAAUAAGUAGCUUAAAACCGUGGGACAGCUGUGGGGGGCUGGGGGGAGAGAUGUUGCUGCUUGGUAGCAAGGAAGAAGCCAGUCAAUGUGUAAAUACAGUGCAAACUCAGCAGGGCUCUUUUCAGGUGUUGCAAAAGAACACAGCAAAGUAUCAAUAUGUAGCCACUGCUAUCAUCUCAUUCUUGGAAAUGUUGUGAAUGUAUUUCGUUUACCCUACUGUACACGGUUUCCCUUAUUUUAUGUUUUAAAGAUCCAAGCCUCUCCAUGUGUAUAAGCUGUGAGUUGUCAUAUUUAAGAUCUUUUGUGUAAUUUUUAUCAGUCAGCACAAGGUGAGGUGCAAAUGAAAUGUUUAAACACUGGACAUGAGGAAUUGUUGAGCCUCCAAGAAGCCUGAUAUCAUCUGUUUAAAAAAAAAAAAAAAAAAAAUCCAGUACAGCACCAGGCUAUAUUUGGGAAAUGUCAAUAACUUGAUUUGUCAUUUUGUCCCUCUUCUGUCUGGGUUUUGUUCAGAUUCCCCCACCCCCACCCCCAUCCCCACCCGUCUGCUUUUGUACUGUGGAUGAUGACGUAUGCUUCAAGAGGUUGUCUGUUGAAUAACUUGGUUCAGAAGGUGAAUCAAGCUCUGUUUCUGUUUUUAUUUUGCUAUAGAGCAAACACCGACUUUGCUGUGCUACAGGACUGUUUCAACCAGUUGUGAAAUACUGGCAAGUUACUAGUCUUCCUUUAUCCUGGGGAGUAAGUGUUCCUGGGAGGCACAGGAUCGCUUUGGUUUUGAAUAAUUCAGCUAUAGAAAAGAAGUGAGGCAAGGGGAAUUGGUGUCAAGGCUUCUGUCUCAUACUGUUUCAAACUAAUAAUGUGUUAAAGAAACACAAAUGUCACAGGCACAGAACUCGGAGAAACUGGGAGCUGCUGAAGUUCCACAUGCUAAAAUAAAAACUCAAUCAGUUGUGUGAUAGUAUGCAGCAAAUAUCUGGGAUGUAUCAUUCAGUUUUCCUUCCACUUAGAUUUGAUUUAUGCAAAGCUGGGGGCAUGUUAACUCUCAGCCAUUAGCUGCCUUUGGAGAUGGGUUCGAAAUCCUUUUGUUUGUUUCACUGGUUUAAUCAAUUUGAUCACAAUUUAUUCUUCAGUGGAUGCCUGAGGACAUCACACAGCUUGGUAUAUAUAGCAAUCUUUGCUUUGGGGAGAGGCCCUUACUAAAAUAACAGAUUACAUUGUAGAUCAGAACUGCAGUGCAUUACAAAAGAUUUUGGCUGAAUGUUGAACAUUGCUUCUUGUUAUGUCUGGGAAGUUAGUGUCCCCCAAAUAAAUAAAUAUAAUGGAGAGGAACAAGAUCCAGAGAAGGGGUUUAGAAAUAGUCUGUCUUUCCUGCUUGCACGUUGCCACCUUCAGAACAGUAUUAGAAAAUUGGCGUUUUAGUCACUGCCCGCUUGUAGACAAGGUUUAAUAUCUCCAGUGAGCUAUGGUGAGGUAGGAUGAGGGUAGUUAGUGCUCCUUCAAAGUAUUUGAAAAAGAUUAAGGAUAAGGGCAGGCUGAGGGAGAUGGAGGCAAAAUGAAAAUUGGAUAAUGCAAAAGUAUUAAGUGUUGAUAGAAAGGUGAUGGCACUAGUUUAUGGGAAUGAUAGCAGUGUAAAAGCGCUGUGUAAGAUACCUGCAACAGAAGGAAUAACUUCACAGGCUGCAGAAAGUCAUGCAUGUUGAGGGUGGUAUACUUUCUCCUUUUGUAAGCUAGUAAGAAAUAUCCACUCUGCUACUGCCCUCUAGCUGGGCAGUUCUUGUAAUAGAUUCAUUUUGGUGUCAGGAAGGAAGUCCCACCCCAUAUCUCCUGGACAGAUGAAAAGCAGUCAGAUGGCAUCCGUCUUAUUUGAAGAAAGGGUUGUAGUGUAUAAAUAGAAAAAUGCUGACCAAAAGCAGAGGAGCCUAGAAAGAUACAAGGAUCUCAUCCAGACGAUACUGGUCUGUGCUCAGCAGAGCUAUUUCAAUAUCUGAACAUUUAUGUGCAAAACAAUCACUCUCUACUGACACGCUAUUCAAAUUGCUAUCCUCAACACUUGAGGUUGUCAUGGGAGGGGUUCUUUGUUGCUUCUUGAUUUAACCAAGGCAGAGCUUUUGCCAAAUUGAAGCUGUUCGGAAGCAUGAAUCUGCUCUUGCUUGAAUUGACCAAUAGCCUCCAAAGUAUUCUAUGCAGGACGGCAGUAUCAAUAUUGGAGUUAUGGAGAACAGAUUUGAGGGGCUAUGAACAAUGCAGUGGGUUUGUACCAAAAGUCCACAUCUGUACAUUGACUCUAAAUUAAUCUUUACAUCUUCAGAAGGUUGUGUUUUGGGGUGGCCACGCCACUCCAGUUAGUCAAUAGGCGAUAUGGCCAACAAUUGAAAAUUCAUCCCUAACACUUGAAUUUUUGAAUGAAUUAUAAACUAAGUAUCAGAAACCAUACAGCACUAUUAUGUGAUACUGAGAGCUUAGAAAGUUUUAAUUUUCAUUAUUUGCAAAUCAACAAUUUUCUAUCCUAUAAUUAAUAUUAAUGUUCCCUCCCACCUGACCUCCCAAUCUUCUAAAUGAUCUUCAUUACACCAUGAAAAAUUAUCCAUUUUGUCAUUGAUCUGUUGGCUUUUUGCAUGUGGAUUACAUUUCCUUUCCAGAGGAAUCUGCAUCCUGGUAGUUGUGCUUUGUUUUUCUAAAUACUUAUAGCUGAUGAAGGAAGGUAGCCGUGACACUGGGUCACAAGGAAAUUAGGUGGAAAAUAUAUGUGGCUUAGGGUAGAAAUGAAAAUGGAGGCAUCCUUAAAGGGCAGGCAUAGAGGGCAAAUAUGAGAGGAAAAGGACUUCUUAAAGGUAGUCCUUUUAAUCUAAAGGAUAAAUCAAAACCUGACUAUUUUAAAACUUUAAAUAUGGAUUUUCCCUUGUAAACUAGAUGUAAAAACCUAUGGUAUUUAACUUAAUAUAUAACUUCACAUGGAAAACAUUAAUUUAUGGGACACAUUUAUUUUGUCAAGUUUCAUACCACGUGAAUGAUAUGGGAAGAAUAUUAUGUCUAAAAUUCCCUUGUAUGUAAUAAAACACUGUAGGUGCCCUAAGGUAUUUUGAAGCAUGAUGCACAGCUGAGUGCCUCUCAUCCCUAAUACAUUAGUUACUUGACAUCCUUGGGGGUAUGGUUCUUUGCAAUGAAAUUUUAUUUUUUCAUGUUUUUGGUUUUUUGGGUUUUUUUAAUAGAUUACUUUAAUUGGAAACGGAGUAUUUUUUUUCUGUGAGGUCUACAGAAAUCAUUCUAGCCCUUUAGAAUGGUGAGAAGCCAAUCAGGAUUCUCGUAAGUUAACACAAUUUAUACUUCAGUAUUAAAGCACCUUCACUGGUUGAGAAAUGGAAUCUUGGGAAAGAUCAAAGCCCUCUGGCACCUACUUUUACAAAGCAAACUCUUUAACCAAAUUUUGCCUGUUUCUAGUGUCUGAGUUCUGCACAGUAUUAUUAAACUAACAUUCAGUAUACUAGCUUGAAAAUCAAAUGCAUCGCUGAGUCUCUCUCUAAAACAUGUAUUUAUAAUUCUUUGAAACUAACUGGAUUCCAUUGUGUUCAGUGAAAAAUCUGUUUAUUCUAAGCUGACAUUUGUAAUUAGUUUCUUUGUUCAAAAUGAUCUCUUUAAAGUAGUUAUGUGAAGGCAUAUUUAAGAAAUUUCUGUCUUUCAGUCAUAUGAAGGUGUGAAUCUCAUAGGGAAAUGUUCUAUGUUACACUUGAAAUGUACAAAUGUGCCCUGUAUAGUUUAAAAAAAAAAAAAAAAAACUGUGUCUCCAUAGUAAGUUUUUAUUAUUAUUAUUUUUGUCUUUACAUUAUUACUAACUGAAUCAGAACUGGAUUAUUUUCAGAAAGAAAUUAGUAAAAAGUAUUGUUAUAUCAAGCACUUUAACAUAUCAUAAACUGACAUCAGUUUUUCAGGUUUUGGAGUACAUUUAAAUACAGCUUUUCAUGCUAGGUUCUUUACAAAUAAAACUGUGAAAA